UUUUUAUUUUUUUUGAAACCCAGGAGUAGGGUUUUAGUGUUCCCUUAUUAAGCACCAAAGAACCAAGCUUUCACUUUUUUCUCUAAGCUGACCCUAGCAAGGGAGCGAGCGAGCGAUCAAGAGGGAGCCAUGGUGAACGUCUCGUUCUACCGCAACUAUGGGAAGACCUUUAAGAAGCCCCGCCGUCCAUAUGAGAAGGAACGGUUGGAUGCUGAGCUGAAGCUCGUCGGAGAGUAUGGGCUGCGAUGCAAGAGAGAGCUCUGGAGGGUUCAGUAUGCUCUGAGCCGUAUUCGUAACAAUGCGAGGAUGCUUCUGACCCUUGAUGAGAAGAACCCCCGUCGUAUCUUUGAGGGUGAGGCUCUUCUCCGGAGGAUGAACAGCUAUGGGCUUUUGGAUGAGAGUCAGAACAAGCUCGAUUAUGUCCUGGCUCUGACUGUAGAGAACUUCCUUGAGCGCCGUCUUCAGACACUAGUCUUUAAGUCAGGCAUGGCCAAGUCCAUCCACCAUGCUCGAGUGCUCAUUAGGCAGAGGCAUAUCAGGGUUGGGAGGCAGGUUGUGAAUAUUGCAUCUUUCAUGGUGAAGAUUGAUUCACAGAAGCACAUUGAUUUCUCACUUACCAGUCCAUUUGGUGGUGGACGACCUGGAAGAGUGAAGCGAAAGAAUCAGAAGGCCGCUGCUAAGAAGGCUGGUGGUGGAGAUGCAGAGGAAGAGGACGAGGAAUGAGAGAGGCGUAUAUUAGGAAUUUUGCUAGUAAUACUCGUAGGACUUGUGUCUCAACUUCUGUUGGACUUUCAAUAUUUUGCCUGCACUAUUUAGCAUUGCUUUAUUUGAGAGAAUAGAAUUAGCUGGUUGUUAUUCAUGUACAAUCUGUCUUUCCUUGGAUUUAAAAUGUGCAUUUGGAGCCCAAUGAUAGCGGAAACUUGUUAUUGAGGAUUGCUAGCAUAAUUUCAGCCGUCAUUGAUAAGCCUUUUAGGCUUGUUAUUUGUAUGUGGGAUGUGCUUAUUUGCUCAUACCUUGUCAGUUGCGACCGUCAAUAGCAUUUGGUUUUUUGGUUGUCUUCUUUUA